CCAAAUAUUGAUGAUAGGAGUAUUGGUAAUGUUGCUAUUGAGUGUGACAUUGGUGUCUAGCCUUACAGAUAUAGAGUGCUCCAGCGUGACGGCCCUUGUAUCCGCUUGCUACACCUACAUAACGUAUGGCUCACCGGACCCUUCUCCGGGGUCUCCAUGCUGUCAUUCCAUGGUAGGUCUCAAAAUGGUUUCCGAUCCCACUGUUGAAAAUCGGAGAUUUACUUGUAGAUGCUUGAUGAGCCUCAUUUCCACUUACAACCCUAAUGGCUAUGCGCUUGCUACUUUGCCCGACCUUUGUGAAGUCUCUUUGGGUUUUAACAUUGAUCCUAACACUGAUUGCAACUUGAUACCAUGAGUUGGGAAUUAUGGGGGGAGGAUUCAGUGCACCGAUGUGCACUUGCACUGACAUAAAUGGAUGGUUAAAUUAUAUUAAAUACACUCUUAGGUAGGUUAUUAAUAAAAAUAUUAAUUAUAAAUAUCAAUAAUUGAGAUCAUCUUAUAAGUGUUUGGUCAUUUGCACCGUGGGUACAUAGAAUAAUUUCCAGAGAUUCUAAAAGACUAAAGCCAUGUUUAAGUUGGGAGAUGGGAGUCCAGUUGUGUGAAUGGCAAUAUAGGUAAGACAAUCAUUGUAUCUGUAAUAUUUCUUUUUGUAAGGGUAAUAAUCUACCUUUUGUCGACAAAAUUUAGUUUGUUAACCGUCACCUUUAAGA